GGAAUCGCAACCUUCGGGAGCGCGUCACUCGGUCGGGCUGCGGUGCUCCCUCGAGUCCUAGCGUCCCUUUUCGUGUAGCCCAUCUCCGCUGCAGCCGCGGUGGCAUGAUGGCUGUGUUCGUCGUCGCUCUCCUGUCCUUGCUGGUGACGGGUGCUUUAGGGAAUGAAUUUAGCAUAUUAAGGUCGCCAGGGUCUGUUGUUUUCCGAAAUGGAAAUUGGCCCAUACCAGGAGAUCGAAUCCCAGACGUGGCUGCAUUGUCCAUGGGCUUCUCUGUGAAAGAAGACUUAUCUUGGCCAGGGCUUGCAGUGGGUAACCUAUUCCAUCGGCCACGGGCUACCAUUAUGGUGAUGGUGAAGGGAGUGGACAAACUGGCUCUCCCUGCGGGCAGUGUCAUCUCCUACCCUUUGGAGAAUGCAGUUCCUUUCAGUCUUGACAGUGUUGCGAAUUCCAUUCACUCCUUAUUUUCUGAAGAAACUCCUGUAGUUUUGCAGUUGGCACCCAGUGAGGAAAGAGUAUAUAUGGUGGGGAAAGCAAACUCCGUUUUUGAAGACCUUUCAGUCACAUUACGGCAACUACGUAAUCGUCUGUUUCAAGAAAACUCCGUUCUCAACUCUCUUCCCCUCAAUUCUCUGAGUAGGAAUAAUGAAGCUGACCUGCUCUUCCUUUCGGAGCUGCAAGUGCUACAUGAUAUUUCGAGCUUGUUGUCUCGUCAUAAGCAUCUAGCCAAGGAUCAUUCUCCCGACUUGUAUUCAUUGGAGCUGGCGGGAUUGGAUGAACUUGGGAAGCGCUAUGGGGAAGACUCUGAACAGUUCAGGGAUGCUUCUAGGAUCCUUGUGGAUGCUCUCCAAAAGUUUGCAGAUGACAUGUACAGUCUCUAUGGUGGGAACGCAGUGGUAGAGUUAGUGACUGUCAAAUCAUUUGACACAUCCCUUGUGAGGAAGUCAAGGACCAUCCUUGAGGCAAAACAAGAGACCUCCCCAAGUCCCUAUAACCUUGCAUAUAAGUAUAAUUUGGAGUAUUCAGUGGUUUUCAACUUGGUACUGUGGAUUAUGAUCGGCUUGGCCUUGGCUGUGAUCAUCACCUCUUACAACAUUUGGAAUAUGGAUCCUGGAUAUGAUAGCAUCAUUUACAGGAUGACUAACCAGAAGAUUCGGAUGGAUUGAGUUUUCCUUAUGCUGCACUUAGACAACAGGUUUUGGGAAUUGGCUGUUCUGUUUUUUUUUUUUUUUAUUAUUUUUCAAACCACAUAAUGAGAUUUUUAUUUUAAAUUGAGUUUAAAUUGACAUUUUCUUAGUUUAACUUCUAAUAUAAUUAAUACUGAUAGUCUUAGACAGUAAAACCAAAGCUCUUUCAAGUCAUUCUUAACCCUCAGAGAGUAAAAGACUCAAAUGUUGAACUAGAGAUGGCUCAACAUUCACCGUCUGAUUCUACAGUUUCUGAGAACUAGGUACAGAACACAGCACAGACUUGAGCAUCGCCUUAGAAUGGUGGAACUGUGGUCUGAAUCUGUUCUUCUCUAGCAUCAUACAAAGCAGAAUUAUACAGACAUCAUAUCACCUGGAAUCUUAACUACUAAAACAGGAAAAUUGGGCCCUAAGUUUUGUCUUGAAAGCACCUUUACAAGAUAACUUUUAUUGUCUCUAGGAAUCAAUACACGGUUAUAAGAACCUAUUCAUUAAAUAAAAUUAAAAGCUUUGUUACCUUUUACCAAAUAUCGAGACUUUUCUUUCAGAUGCAGGUUUGUUUGUGCUUGGCUUUUCUUUUCUUUUUUUUUUAUUAAAAUAUAAAAGUUUCCAUUUUUGCCCCUCCUCCCAACACCCUCCCACUCCCGGCUGUUCUGUUAAAGCAUAUCUUUUAGUAUGGAUUAAAGUAGAUGGUAUACCUUAAAUUUAUUUUAAAGAAAACAUAGAUUUUGUUCUCUAUUUUGUGUGUGCCUGUUGUUUCCUUAGAGUGGUUUAUAGUGUUAACACAAAUGAAUUGUGAUGUAGAUUCCAUAAGAUGUUCAAAUAUUGUUAUUAUAGCCAUGUAAUAACGUAAUUUCAUUCCAUUUAAUACAUUUGGAAAUAUGCACUGAAGGAAAUGUAAACCACUUAGAGUAGUUGUGUUAUUCGUGUUGGAGAAUGCACUGGGUUUCUUAGAAGCUUUCAAAUGCUUGAGUUCCUUGCACAGGACAGAUAAAUCCUAGUUCAGCUGUUAUUCACUAUGAACUAUUUGUAAAUGUCUUAAUCUGAUGUAAAUAUCUCUGAGACAGGAGGGAAGGUUUUAACUAAGAGUAGCCCAAAAAUACUGGAUAUGCUUAUACAAUCGCUUAGUUUUGAAAGUGUGUGUGUGUGUGAUUGGCAGAGUAGCUGUUUUUAAUCUCUUCUGCAAGUUUGGUGAUCUGUGUGGUUUAGUAGAGAUAUUAAAAAUAUUAAAAAUAUUGUGUUGAUUUCAGAAGAGAAUAGCUUUAUGGAGUAUAGAUGCUUGUAAUUAGAUAUACAAAAACAUCUGUGGGGGAUAUCUUGAAGCAUGAAUAUAAAAUAUUUUUAUUUCCUUAACUUUUCCCCCUGUGAAGUUACUCUGAUUUGUGUGUGAUACAGCUUUGUUGUAUAGAAUAUUAGGUGGAAGUGGAUGAUUACCACUGUUCAUGUGGAAACGGACCAAUAUAUAGAGUGACAAAUAAACUUAAUGAUUCAAAAUC